AUGUCCAGAUCCACAAAAUCAGCCUCUCGGUCUCGGAGCCGCUCAAGGUCCCGGUCAAGAUCCCGGUCCACCUCUCGCUCCAGAAGUCACUCCAGAUCCCGAUCUAGGAAGCAUCGUUACAGCUCUAGGUCUCGGUCACGGUCAAGAUCUCAUUCUCCAGCUCAUAACCGGGAGAAGAAAUAUCCAAGGGGAUACCAGAACAAUCGGGAGUUCCGGGGCUACCACCGCGGCUUCCGGAGGCCGUACAAUUUCAGGGGCCGAGGGCGGGGUUACUUCCCACGUGGACGCUACCAACGUGGUGGUGGGGGCGGUGGCUACAACAACAAUAAUUUCCGCCCCAACUGGAAGAAUUACAAGCAGCAUCCUCAAAAACAGUAUCAGUACCAGCAACACCAGCAGCAGCAACAGCAGCAGCAAAACCAUUCACGAGGACGAUCUCACGGCUUCCAGAAACGGUCAGGAAGCCCCCCUCACAGCCAGUCUCGUCAGUCUGACCGAUCCUCCUCACCCUUAUCCAGACACUCACAGCAUUCUUCCUCUUCACACUCACACUCCCCCUCUCCAAAAUGCAGGCCAGCCUUGUUGCUUCUGAACCAAAACUCCAAAGAGGAUCUCUCAGCCUCCAAGGAAGUCCAAAAGGGAGGAGGGGGAGAUGGGGAGCAAGUGGAGCUUGUUGGCGUAAUGGCAGGGGAUGUCAAGGAAGGUGCAAGCAGUGGUAAAACUGAGGGGAACUGGCAGGGACUGACAGACUGCAACAGCAGUCCUCUGGCAAGCUCUGCUGGUAUUGUUGGUCAGAAUAGCCAUACUACUCAGUCUAGUCCCUCCACAAAAAACAUAAAUGACAUCAGCAAUGGAGCCCCCUCCUGUCCGACGGUGCAUAAUUCAUCCUCUACAAAAAAAUCCUCACAGGAAGAUCUAAAUCCAAUGCUUUCCAGCUUUGACUUCUUCUCCAGUGAAGAAUACCCCGAUGGAGAUAAAACAGCUAUCUCCAUUGCCUUCAGAAAGUUUUUGGAGGAGCAAAAUAAAAAAGCUAAAUCUUCUUUGGAAAAUGGCAAGAAUGCAGAAGAAAAUGAUAUGGCUAUGGAGCAAGGGAAAAUAAACGGCAAAGUAUCCGCAGUUCUCUCUGACUCAGUGUCCAGAAAGCACAAAGAGGACACUGAUGAUGAAGUGUCUCUGAGCAGCUUUUUGAAAGCUUCUCCUUUUCUGUCUGGUGAUGCUGAGGAAGAGGAAGAGAUGAUCAUAACGCCCCACUUAAAGUCACUUCAGAAAGACCGGCACAAUGGGGAUGAGUCCUCUAAGCCAAAGAGCAAAGUCACUAACUCAGCCCGAGAAAUGUUCGAGGGGCGCUUAGGCAAAUGGCAGAAUGUGGCCUAUUCACAGGUAGCUAACAGUGACCUGGACGCCACGGCAGAGGAGAUGUAUCUCAGUCGAAAGCCGGAUAAAGCAGCUGCCAUUGCUGCUGCAUUUGCUAAGAGGGAGAUAGCAGGAAAUUUUGAUGGACUGUCCAGUUGUAAAGCCAGAAAUAUGGUAAAAUCUCCCUCCAUCCCAUCACCUACACCACCACCAAGGAGGAACUCCGACAGAGAGAUGUUUAUGAUCAGGGUUGAGGACUCACCUCUCAUGUCCUCAAGAAAACAGGAAGCAAAAUUUAAUGUCAGAAUGGAUAUCCUUGGAGAUAGCCUUAUAAGCUCUUCUGAUAUUUUAGCUGAGGAGCGACAGUUGUCUCAGGAUCUUGUGCAGUCCUCAAAAAAGGAUCAGGAGUUUCGCUCCAUCUUUCAACAUGUUCAGGCUGCCCAGUUACAGAGGAGUCCCUCUGAGCUGUUUGCUCAACACAUUGUCGCCAUCGUUCACCACAUUAAAGCUCAGCAUUUUCCAUCUUCUGGAAUGACUCUAAACGAGAGAUUCACCAUGUACCAAAGACGAGCUGCAGAGAAGGAAAUGAUGAAGCAAAGAAAAAGCCCAGAGAUACACAGGAGAAUUGAUGUUUCACCAAGUGCUUUUAAGAAACACUCUCAACUUUUUGAGGCGAUGAAAAGCUCAGAGGAGGGCACUUACAAGGACGGCGGGGGAAAAAAGGGCGACCCAAUGGACCUUCGUUUGGAUAUUGAAUGGCGUAAAAAAUAUUCCAGCCAUGACAGAGAUAUUAAUCAGAAUCGGGGAAGAGAUAAGGGAGAUUCCCCAGAUUCUAGUACAGAGAGAUCUGUGGAAAACCUCUCCAAAUGCCGCAAGAAAUCAAAGAAAAGUAAGAAGAAGCGCUCUCGCUCCAGUUCAUCCUCGUCUUCAUCAUCCUCUAAUUCCCAAAAAGUAGAAGACUUGCCCGAUGACAAGUCUGAUCUUAAAGAUGAAAGCUUUAACAGGGCUCGACUGGAUCAAAGGGAGUCACCUGGACCUGUUGAAAGAGGAAAGCCACGUGGAGGAUUUCAAGUGAGAAUUCGUGGAAGGGGCUGGAGAGGGAAUUAUCAGGGAAACAGUUCACAAUGUCACCCUGCAAACAUGGCAAUGCAACCAAAAAAUGAAGAGUGGGACCCAGAAUUUACUCCAAAGAGCAGAAAAUACUACUUGCACGAUGACAGAGAGGGCGAGGUAGAGUGCAAGUGGGCAGACAACCGAGGGCGAGGACGGGGGAGCUUGUCGCGUGGAAGGGCGCGAUUCAUCAUACGCAAAGCCACCGCAGGUCCCAACAGCAAAUUCUCCAUAAGGGCUCAUGAUAAGUUCAAUGGGGAGCAAGGUGACUUGCAGGAAGAGGAGGCAGAACAGGACCAUAAAGAGGGAGAAAUCAAUGGAGAAAAUACUUGAGCAUCAAAGCAAAGUCAUCGAAAGAUCUUAAAUGUCGUCUGUGUUGUUAUGGGAUCUGACUCAGUGAUUUUAUCCACUACAGUGGGUUGAAAAAUGCAGAUGAAAAUGUUUUCAAUCUCUGCUAUCGUUUCAAAAAAUGUAUAGGCUUUCAUUUCACCCUGGACUGCUCACUUUUACUUUUACUUGACAUGGUCAUUUCCUCCAUCAGGACACAACUUAGGAAUAGUAGAAGCACUGUUAAAAGGGUGAAUUAAUGUUUCUCAGAAUCUGGAUUUCUUACACUUU